AUGUUUAGAUUUGUUACGCAAGAAUUAACUAGUCAAUACAAUUAUUUACAAUUGUCAUCAAAGUUUGGAGCUGCCCAUGCUUAUCCUGGAUUUAGUAGUCUGUUCGUUCAUCUAAGCAAUGAAGACUAUUCGACUGCUGAUAAAUUAGUAAGAUUUAUAGCAUUAAGAAAAAUUCAAGUUGAUCGUUUGAUUAAUAAAAUCGGUAUUAAAAUUAAUUCCGAUAUUCAAAGUGUAAUGGAUUUAAGAAAUAGUUUAACUCAAGCUAAAGAAAAUAAUAAGCGAUCGUGGCGAGAAUUAGAAAGAUGUCAUAAAAUUGCCGUAGAUAAAAAUGAAUUUAAUAUACAAGAUUAUUUGGAAACAAAUCAAUUGGAACAUCAUAUUAAAGUAGAAAAAUUGUUGUCCGAUAUUGAAAAUCGUAUUGAUGAAGUUCGAAGUGAUCAAACGGAAUUAAUCAAAUUUAUGAUCGAUGAAGAAUUAUUGGAAACAUACGGUGAUAGAAGAACCAAAGUAUGGUAA